AUGAAUGACUUCAAGUAUUCUGAUGAUCAAGCAAGUAGAUUAUUGUCUUUAUAUUUUCCUGGUGCCAAAAAUGGGAUCAACAAAGCUCGUUUCGUUGAGCAUUUUCUGGUUGGAGGAUGGAAAACAAACGAAGAUGCCGUUCAGAUGGUCAUUCUCUAUUUUAUCCAUACUUUUGUUUUUUCUCAACUAGGUGAUGCACCUAUAUCAGUUGAUGAUUUCAAGAUGUAUUCAUGCUCCAACAUUGUCCAAUCUCAACAUGAAAUGGAAUCUAUUGUUGUUCAUGACAGCCAACAGAAACCUGAAGAUUCAACAUCGGCUGCCAAGGUCAAUUUCAGAAAACCUAAUGAAGUCACUGGAUUUGAGGACUUUUCAACAACACCACCCACUGAAUUUUUAAAGAGAUCCAGGGAUGUCGCUGAGACAUCUUCUCCACCUCCUUCCAAGAGAAUGAAGACUUCCCCUGCUAAAAAGCCAAUUCAAGUAGAAACAGCCAACAUGCACAAGGAUUUCAUACCACCAAAUGAAUCAGAAAAUCUUAUUUCUCCUGACAAUGAACCGGGGGCAAAGUCACCAAAGGAAUCAGAAAAGCCUGUUUCUCCUGACAAUGUACCAGGGGCGAAGUCAGCUGUUGACCGGAAGUUCAAGCGUUUGGAGAACAAAAUGGAUUCAAAUCACAUUGAUCUUUUGAAAGCCAUCGACAGUAUGGCGAACCGAAUGACUGGCACAUCAUCUCAAGUUAAAAAAGAUGAUUUUGAUCAAUCAUUCCAUGUGGUUGAACAACAAGAAGCACCUACUGGAUUGGAGGGACCUGAACCAUCCACCAUGAUAAAUCAGGUGGACAACAUAUCGGAACAAAGCAUUUCAGCAGAUGUUCCUGAAUUAUUUGAUCAGCAAGUUUAUUCUGAUACAUUAAAGGAAUCGAAAACAUUAAAUUUUACACCACAAUUGAAGGAUGUAUCAGCACACCAAAUGGAACCACAAAGAGCAGAUACUGAUCAGCUUAUUGCUAAUUCUGAUACAUUACAGAACACUGGAAAGAAAGAUGGAAGAGUAGCCGAUGAUAAAUCUGACAAAGUAGAAGAGCAAGUCGAGGAGAUUGAAAAAGAAAAAAUCAAACCAAGCACAUCAGAAUCCAAUACUUCAGCACCAUUUUCGACCGAAACUCUGGAUGUGAUAGAUGCUCUAAUAUACGGACUUUCAUUACCAGCCAUGUCAUUGACAGCUGUUAGUCAUGAGCAAGUUCAGGAUGAAUGUCUAUUACGCGAUAGCCAGCUACCAACCACUCUUCCAUCAAAAGCUAAUGUAUUGUUUGACGAUGCGAAGACACCAUCUCGAAGAAGCAGGAUUCCUUCGAAGAUCUUACAGUCGCCGUAUCUUUCAAACUUUGGGUCGAGUGAAAAGGGAAAGGAAAAUUUGUCAGAUGUUAUGCAUCAGACACACCCUUUUGAAGGUUUUGGUAUAUGCUAUCAACCCCCUUCCGAGCUUGUCACAGACUACUCUCAAUGGAUAGAUAAAGGACUUCUAAAAUCACAUGGCAACAAGUAA